UCUUGACAGCAGUAGGUUAACAGGUUAGGGGAGGGAGGUUAUCAAGAAAAGAAAGUUCUCUCCCUCCCACCAAACAGCUCCACCUUUUAAAAUAUACUAAAAAUAAUUUUAUAGCCAAAUCAAGUUAUAAUACAUUCUUACAUGUAUAAAUUAACAAAAUGAAUUUUGAUUUAUAAAGGGUGUUCACAAGGGUAAUAUAAUACUCUGUCACUUUCUUUACCAAGUAGUCUACAUUUCAGUAACUUUGUUAUUAUUUUGAGAUACAUCAUUAUCAAAAAAAAAAGCAUAGAAGUAUAGGUAUACAUACUAGAUUGUGAAUGUCCUUCUCAAAGUAUCCAGUGAACUCCUUCCAUGGGACACAUUCAAGUUUCUUGGUGCUCUCAGUUCACUAGAGGAUGGUUUUACCCACAUAUAGGGCUAGGGAAGUCUUCUCAGCCAGGUCCUGGCAGUAUCUAAGAUAGCAAUACUUUUCUCUGAUGCUAGUGAUGGUGACCCAUUUAUGUUCAUUAUACUGACACUUUGAGCAUGGAUUUGGAAUCUGGAAGACUUGGUUUGAAUCCCAGCUCUAUCAUUUUCUAGGGGUGUGACCUUAAGCAAAUUACUCAUAAGUCUCGUUUCUUUUCUGAUAAAUGGAGAUAAUACCUGCCCCACACAGGGCUGUAGGGAUUAAAUUAUGUGCAUAAAAUAGAAUUAGUUUCUUGAAUAUAGUGAAUGUUUCCUAUUAGGUGAAAUCAUUUUAAUUCAUUUAACUUUAUCUCUGCAGGAUCAGACUGCACAUUUGUCCAGCUUUGAGUAAAGCAAGGUGGAUCUUAACACUGGUGUUGACUGACUUUGGCUAGGCCUCAUUCUGUUUCAGCUGAUUCCUUUAUCCUCAGUAGAAAGUGCUGCUGUUGCUCCAGAGAAAAGAAAGGAAUGCUAAAUGCUAAAAAGAUACAUCACACCAUGUUUAGUUUAAUACAAGAUCCCUGCAUGUCACUGAGUCCACCAUGCUUUACAGAAGAAGAUAGAUUUAGUCUGGAAGCUCUUCAAACAAUACAUAAACAAAUGGAUGAUGACAAAGAUGGUGGAAUUGAAGUUGAUGAAAGUGAUGAAUUUAUCAGAGAAGAUAUGAAAUAUAAAGAUGCUUCUAAUAAACACAGCCAUCUCCACAGAGAAGAUAAACAUAUAACUGUUGAGGAUUUAUGGAAACGAUGGAAAACAUCAGAAGUUCAUAAUUGGACCCUUGAGGACACCCUUCAGUGGUUGAUAGAAUUUGUUGAACUACCCCAAUAUGAGAAGAAUUUUAGAGAUAAUAAUGUGAAAGGAACAACACUUCCUAGGAUAGCAGUGCACGAGCCAUCAUUUAUGAUCUCUCAGUUGAAAAUCAGUGACCGGAGUCACAGACAAAAACUUCAGCUCAAGGCACUGGAUGUGGUUUUAUUUGGACCUCUAACACGCCCACCUCAUAACUGGAUGAAGGAUUUUAUCCUCACAGUUUCUAUAGUAAUUGGUGUUGGAGGGUGCUGGUUUGCUUAUACGCAGAAUAAGACAUCAAAAGAACAUGUUGCAAAAAUGAUGAAAGACUUAGAGAGUCUACAAACUGCAGAGCAAAGUCUAAUGGACUUACAAGAGAGGCUUGAAAAGGCACAGGAAGAAAACAGAAAUGUUGCUGUAGAAAAGCAAAAUCUAGAGCGCAAAAUGAUGGAUGAAAUCAAUUACGCAAAGGAGGAGGCUUGUCGGCUGAGAGAGCUGAGGGAGGGAGCUGAAUGUGAAUUGAGUAGACGCCAAUAUGCAGAGCAGGAAUUGGAACAGGUUCGCAUGGCUCUGAAAAAAGCUGAGAAAGAAUUUGAACUCAGAAGUAGCUGGUCUGUUCCAGAUGCACUUCAAAAAUGGCUUCAGUUAACACAUGAAGUGGAAGUACAGUACUACAAUAUUAAAAGACAGAAUGCUGAAAUGCAGUUAGCUAUUGCUAAGGAUGAGGUUGCUGCUUCAUAUGUGAUCCAGGCAGAGAAAAUUAAAAAGAAGAGAAGCACCGUGUUUGGAACUCUGCAUGUCGCACAUAGCUCCUCCCUAGAUGAGGUGGACCACAAAAUUCUGGAAGCAAAGAAAGCGCUCUCUGAAUUGACAACUUGUUUACGAGAACGGCUUUUUCGCUGGCAACAGAUUGAGAAGAUCUGUGGCUUUCAGAUAGCCCAUAACUCGGGGCUCCCCAGCCUGACCUCUUCCCUUUAUUCUGAUCACAGCUGGGUGGUGAUGCCCAGAGUCUCCAUUCCACCCUAUCCAAUUGCCGGAGGAGUUGAUGACUUAGAUGAAGAUACACCCCCAAUAGUGUCACAGUUUUCCGGGACCAUGGCUAAGUCUGCCGGAUCAUUAGCCAGAAGCAGUAGCUUGUGUCGCUCUCGUCGCAGCAUCGUGCCGUCCUCGCCACAGUCUCAGCGUGCUCAGCUUCCCCCGCAUGCUCCACCACACCCCCGGCACCCUCACCAUCCGCAGCACACGCAACACUCCUUACCUUCCCCUGAUCCUGAUAUCCUCUCAGUUUCAAGUUGCCCUGCUCUUUAUCGAAAUGAAGAGGAGGAGGAGGCCAUUUACUUCUCUGCUGAAAAGCAAUGGGAAGUACCAGACACAGCUUCAGAAUGUGACUCCUUAAAUUCUUCCAUUGGAAGGAAACAGUCUCCUCCUUCAAGCCUGGAGAUAUACCAAACAUUGUCUCCUAGAAAGACAUCAAGAGAUGAGCUCUCCCUAGAGGGUUCAUCCAGAGGAGAUUCGCCCAUAACUGUAGAGCUCUCUCGGGGUUCUCCUGAUUGUGUAGGCCUGACAGAAACUAAAAGUAUGAUCUUCAGUCCUGCAAGCAAAGUGUACAAUGGCAUCUUGGAGAAAUCCUGUAGCAUGAACCAGCUUUCUAGUGGCAUCCCAGUGCCCAAACCUCGCCACACGUCAUGUUCCUCAGCUGGCAACGACAGCAAACCAGUUCAGGAAACUCCAAGUGUUGCCAGGAUCAGCAGCAUCCCACAUGACCUUUGUCAUAGUGGAGAGAAAAGCAAAAAGCCAUCCAAAAUUAAAAGCCUUUUUAAGAAGAAAUCUAAGUGAACUGGCUGACUUGGUGGAAUUCCAUUCAAGUAGCAUCUUUAAACUUUUAUCUCCCACCCUCCACUCCCCCUUUUUUGUUUUAAUUUUAGGAAUGUAACUCCAUUGGGGCUUUCCAGACUAGAUGCCACAGUGGAAUAUCCUUAAGGGCAACUGUCUACUGUCUGCUUAUUUAAACGACUAGAUAAUCAAUUUGUCAAGGCAGUUAUUACUGAAAAAUCUUUAAGAGAUGAGACAGUUUACGGUCAUUUCUGCCUAUUUAUUUCUGCUUUGUUACUGGUGAUGUAUAUAUAUUUUGUUGAAAGCCACUAUGGACUUACAAGCUUUAAUGGACUAGUAAGCCAGCAUGGGCUUGCAAAAAUUUCUUGUUUACCAGAGCAUCUUCUUAUCUUUCCACAGAACUAUUUACAUCCUGGACUAAAUAACUUAAAAGAAGUAAAACUAAUUGCACUAAUGUUUUCCAGACUGGGGGGAGGGGGAGGGGAAUCUCUGCAAGUGAAACUGUAUAGAGUUUAUAAAAUGUCUAUGGAUAGGGGACUGUUUUCACUUUUAGAUUACAAUGGGUUUUUAAGUAGAACGUAGAGUUUCUAAUUGACUUGAUUUAUGGAAAUGAAAACCCACGCUUUUAUUAUGGGAAGGUUCUUUAAAUGCAUUUAAUAUUAUAAAGUUUCAAGUCUGCUGUAAAGAUCAUGUUGUUUCGUUUUUCCCAGGGCUUUCACUGUGAUUUACUGCAUCGCAGGCUGUAUGAUAAAAUACAAAUAAUUUACAGAGAGAAGGCUCUUGAUUGCUUAUAUGCAAGUGGAAGAGUUGAAACUUGAUUGAAGGACUUAAAACAUUCACAAGCUUAAACUGAGGUGGGGGGAUGUGGGGAUCCAGGCACUUGUUUACAGACUUUGAAUAACUGCAAAGAAUUUAUGGUUUGUGAAAACUUUGUACUGUGGAAAAGAUAAUAAAUUGGAGACGUU